AUGGUUACUAUGACGAGGCUCUUGACUACUUGUACAGCCUGCCCUUCACUUGGUCCCCGAAGAUAUUUUCAGUCCAGCGAAUACAGAAAACCCAGAGGAUCUGUGAAGAUGAUGUACAGUUCACAACCACAUCCUGUUCUGAGAAUGCAGAGCCACGCAGGGUUAAGGCCUUCCAAUGCGUUGGAUCUUGUGGCAAGGUCUGCACAAUGUUUCUUUCGGCAUAACUACAUUGGGUCAGAGCAUCUUCUGCUUGGUCUUCUUCGUGAAGGGGAAGGUGUUGCAGCUCGUGUCCUGGAGAAUUUGGGUGUAGAUCCUACUAACAUCCGAACUCAGGUUAUACGUAUGGUCGGGGAGAACAAUGAAGUCACCGCAAGCGUUGGUGGAGGAUCCAGCGGAAACAAUAAAUUAGCAACACUUGAAGAAUAUGGGACUAACUUAACUAAACUAGCAGAGGAGGGUAAACUGGAUCCGGUUGUUGGAAGGCAACCGCAGAUCGAACGAGUGGUCCAGAUCUUGGGUCGAAGAACCAAGAACAACCCUUGUCUUAUUGGAGAACCUGGAGUUGGAAAGACAGCGAUAGCUGAAGGACUUGCACAGAGAAUUGCCGGUGGUGAUGUUCCUGAAACAAUUGAGGGGAAGACGGUUAUAACCCUUGAUAUGGGUCUUCUAGUGGCUGGAACCAAGUACCGUGGAGAAUUCGAGGAGAGAUUGAAGAAGCUUAUGGAAGAAAUCAGGCAAAACGAUGAGAUUAUUCUGUUUAUUGAUGAAGUGCACACGCUGAUCGGUGCAGGAGCCGCCGAAGGUGCCAUUGAUGCUGCUAACAUCUUAAAGCCAGCUCUUGCAAGAGGUGAAUUGCAGUGUAUUGGUGCAACAACAUUGGAUGAGUACAGGAAGCACAUUGAGAAAGAUCCUGCACUGGAGAGACGGUUCCAGCCUGUGAGGGUACCUGAACCAACUGUAGAGGAAGCUAUACAGAUCUUGCACGGUCUCCGUGAGCGAUAUGAGAUCCACCACAAGCUCCGGUACACCGACGAGGCCUUGGUUGCUGCUGCGCAAUUGUCACAUCAGUACAUCAGUGAUCGGUUUCUUCCCGACAAAGCGAUUGACUUGAUUGAUGAAGCUGGGUCUCGUGUUCGCCUACGUCAUGCUCAGGUACCUGAGGAAGCUAGAGAGCUUGAAAAGCAACUCAGACAGAUCACUAAGGAGAAGAAUGAAGCUGUGCGAGGCCAAGACUUUGAGAAGGCUGGUUCUCACCGUGACCGUGAGAUAGAGCUUAGGGCUGAGAUAGCUAAUGUUUUAGCCAAAGGCAAAGAAGUGAGCAAAGCUGAGAAUGAAGCUGAAGAAGGAGGACCUACCGUCACCGAAUCCGACAUCCAACACAUUGUCUCCACCUGGACAGGAAUCCCGGUAGAGAAAGUCUCGUCUGACGAAUCUAGCCGCCUUCUCAAGAUGGAGCAGACCCUUCACACAAGAGUCAUUGGCCAAGACGAAGCCGUCAAAGCCAUUAGCAGGGCCAUCCGCCGUGCACGUGUGGGACUCAAGAACCCGAACCGUCCCAUCGCAAGUUUCAUCUUCUCUGGUCCGACCGGUGUGGGGAAAUCAGAGCUCGCCAAGGCCUUGGCUGCUUACUACUUCGGUUCAGAAGAAGCAAUGAUCCGUCUCGACAUGAGUGAGUUCAUGGAACGACACACGGUUUCAAAGCUCAUCGGUUCGCCUCCUGGUUACGUAGGAUACACAGAAGGAGGUCAGUUAACCGAGGCGGUUCGACGCAGGCCCUACACGCUUGUCCUCUUCGACGAAAUCGAGAAAGCGCAUCCCGAUGUUUUCAACAUGAUGCUUCAGAUCCUAGAAGACGGGAGACUGACGGACAGCAAAGGAAGAACCGUCGAUUUCAAGAACACGCUUCUGAUCAUGACAUCAAACGUAGGAAGCAGCGUGAUCGAAAAGGGCGGUAGGAGAAUCGGGUUUGAUCUCGACUACGACGAGAAAGACAGUAGCUACAACAGAAUCAAGAGCUUGGUGACUGAGGAGCUAAAACAGUAUUUCAGACCGGAGUUCUUGAACAGGUUGGAUGAGAUGAUUGUUUUCAGACAGUUGACGAAGCUGGAAGUCAAGGAGAUAGCUGAUAUAAUGCUUAAGGAAGUGGUGGUGAGGCUGAAGGACAAGGAGAUUGAGCUUCAGGUGACUGAGAGAUUUAAGGAGAGAGUGGUUGAUGAAGGAUUCGACCCGAGUUACGGUGCGAGGCCGCUAAGACGAGCGAUUAUGAGGCUUUUGGAAGAUAGCAUGGCGGAGAAGAUGCUGUCGAGGGACAUUAAAGAAGGAGAUUCUGUGAUUGUUGAUGUUGAUGCAGAAGGAAAAGUGGUUGUGUUGAAUGGGAACAAUGGAGGUGGUGGUGGUCUCGUUGCUGAUGAAGCCUUCGAGGAUCUAAUUCCUGUGUUGUAG